GAGACCGCACUGAUAACUAUGACGAACAUUUUACUCUUCGCCCUGAUAGGCGUGGCGGGGGUGGUGAUCGCCGACCAAUCAGAGGUCAGCGUUUCCGACGGCCAGCCAAUUGAAUCGCUGGAAAAUCACGUGGGAGAGAGAAGGGUAGAAACCCCUGCUGUGGUCCUACAACUGAAGUAUGAUAGAGGGGAACUGAAUAAGAUAUAUCUAGCUCAGUUCCGAAAAGGCUCAGAAUCCUGGGUCCCCUCAGUGCCGGCCCGGACGAAUCUGUGCGCGGACCUGUGCCACGCAGGUCUGGGCGGGUCGGCGUGCGGGUCAUCCUGUCUGGACAUGUUACCCGUUGGUCUGCAGACAGCCCUGGAGAACGCCAAUGAUACUGCUGAAGCCUUCGGAGAGCCGAGGGUAGAGGUCUGCCCGGCGCUCUGUGAGAACCACUUAGGUGAGCCGCUAUGUAAUUGCAACUCAGAGGUCUCCGAACAAGUCAAUGUUGUCGACUGGAACGCCGUCUGCACUACCUUCUGUGUAUCCGAUGGAUACGUUCUUAAUGGUUGCCCGGCCUGCGAGGAAUCCAUCACACCGACAUCGGUGGUCAAAAUAUCGUCAUUGUCUCGAGUCCUCAACACUGAAGACGGAUGGACGGCGUGGUGCAGCGUACAGUGUCAGCAGGGCCACGGCGGCGCGGCCUGCAACUGCCACCGAUCGCCUCUGCAGUAAUAUUGAAUAUUUACCCAAAACCUAAAAAAAAAUACCAAUGGGUGAAUAUCAAAAUGUGUCAAGUUUGGUGGCGACUGUCAUAUAAUUUUUUUGUGAAAAAUUGGGGAAAUUGGGAAAAUUGGGAAUUGAAAAAUUCCUUUUUCAUGUCGGUUCCGAGGAUCCUUUUGGAUCUUUUUCAUGUCGGAACCCAAUUUUUCACGAAAAAGUAAUAUGAAAUUUCGCCACCAAACUUGAAAUUUUGAGAUUCACCCCAAUUUACCUAAUAAUACAGCGCAUCUCCAGGGAGAAAAUGCCAAUGCGAUACACCAGCCUACCAUAUAUCCCAACUGGGAAAGUUAGAGGUACAUCCAUCGCAAGAUGAACUGAGUAGUCAAACCUCACCGAGCUUUCUGUUAGACCAACGUUGGUGAGCCGUAUCGCCGUCUAUAAAGGUCAAGCCAGUCGUGUUAAAGAAACCUUUACCUUUUUUAUAGUGACUUAGGGUUAGUGGUUUGCCUCAGAUGGCAUUAACUACUUGGACAAAUGGAGAGCGCUGAUGCUUUCACCCGGUACACAAUUUAAAACAACAGGCCUGAGGGUGAACAGUUGGGCGAAAACCUCUGCUCAGGGCGUCUGAGGACUCAGCCAGGACCAGUAGUCAUUAUUAUACAUUAACAAUACAUACAAUCUCCAAUAGUAACUACCGCACGCUAGAAACAAAAAAAUCUGAAUAUAAUGGUACCCUCUGGAAUAUAAUGGUAUUGAGUAUUUUUACAGUUGAUAAAACAUGGAAAGAUUUACAACCACUGGAAGCCAUUAAAAAUAACAGCUAGUAUCAUUGUCAGCAUUAAUCAAAACUACAAAAAAAUACAUAGUAUUUGACUUCGAUUCCGCACCAUACAACCUCGAUUUAAUAGUCUGUAAACUCGAGGGAUUUUUUUUAAUUACUUAUAUGAAGACCUAAUUCCACCGCUAACAAAAACCUAUCGCUUAUUCUUUACAAAAAAAGUAAUGUUAUCAAUUUGUAACCUAAGCUAGCAUUCAAAAAAAAUUUAAACCAUACUAUCAAAGUGUUAUAAAGGAUCAAUUUAGUUAAUUAAUAAUUAUAAAUAUAUAAUUAUAUGAUUAUUAAUAUAUCUAGUCAUGUAACUUUAAUUCAAAUAAUAAUUAUAAGUAAUACCACUUACAACAAAUAAUUUGUUUUAAAAGUAAAAGUACUUACCUACAUUUAUUGUAAAAUAACUACUACUUAGUACUUGGCUUAAAUUAAUAUUGUUAUAUAAUAUAUAUUUUUAUUAAAUUAAUGUACCUAUAACCAAAUGUAAUCCUUAUAAUCUUUAGUUUUAAGAGAAAA